AUGGAACCUUCUUCACUUCAAGUCCCCGAGCUGCUGUCGCUUAUCGCUGUCUGGUUGCCACAAAGCGACCUGGCUAGCUGCGUACUAGCCUGCAAGUUUUGGAAAGGAGCAUUCACUCCACGGCUUUAUCGGCGGGUCUACUAUGGAACAGCCCAGCAUAAAAUAGCCCACCAACUGGAGUCUUGGCAAGGGUUUCAAAAACACGGCCACCACAUACUCAUCCUUCAUAUAAAUUUUACAGAGAUUCCGGAUGUCGAGCUGUUUGGUCCCAAGUGCCAGAAUAUAACGGAGUUUCAUCUUUACCCAGAUGACAUCUGCCCGCCCGCUCUAAGGUCUUCAAGGCUGAGGGCACUGCUCCAACGGAACCCCAGUAUCACACGAUUCCUAUUGGAUCCUGGGUAUCGGUCGCCUUCCAUUGACGAUUAUCUGUCCGACCUCGAGUUCGUUGCAGAUCUCCCACAACUUAGUGAAUUGACCCUAGCCUCAGGAGCGUUCCUCGCUGCCGACAGUUUCGAACAUCUGCUGAGAUGCGGACCCCGACUUAGACGACUGGACCGACGGAUUUGGGGACACACUAAUAUCGACUUUAGCCCCGAAAACGCCGGUUCACAGGGAAAGAGAGCUCCGUGGACAAAGAUGACUUCGUUGACUCUUUAUGAUAGCGGUGAUGACAGAGCAUCCAUACUACUCGGACUCUGUCCGAGGCUCAAGCACCUUGGGCUCAGAAUAGCUCCUAGAGCCAGCCACCAUGGACACAAACUUAUCAACCAGAUGAUUCAACAUUGCCACUCGGACUACCCCUCUCGCCUCCAGUAUCUGUCCUUGUCCGGCCUUUGGGGCGAGGCUGCAUGGACUGCACUAGCGGAAUUACUACGGGUUUGCGGAGAGUCCUCACGACUGAAAACCUUUGCAUUGGAUUCAGCGAGCGCUACUCCAGAGGCUAUGGCAAAUCUGGUCAAGUACCACGGAGAGUCGUUGGAAGAAGUGACUGUAACAAGAAACCAAAGCCCUCUCGUGGGUAUUGAUAUGCAGGCUUUACUGGCCGGCUGUCCAAGGUUGGAACGUUUGGAGAUUUUUUCGAGUGGUGAGGCGUUGUAUAUGGAGGAUAUUGUGCGAUCGCCGUGGGUGUGCGCAUCCCUAAAAGAGCUGUCUGUCCGGAUAAUUCGAAGGACCCCCCACGAUACAUCCGCAGAGGAUUUAAGCGAGGUCACAUUGAGGCCGAGCAAUAUCAACGACGCACAAUUGCAGCGACAGGUCUGGCAGCAGCUUGGUGAUAUGAGCAAUCUGCAGAGACUGGAAAUCCGGUCUUUUGAUCCGUAUAGACCGGAGGCAAGAAGGGAUUUAUUUGUCAAGAACGGUGGACGGGCGCAGCUAUUCAGGUUAAAGCAUCUGACCGUAUUGGAAAUGUCUGCAGAUAAGAAGAUUAUGAGAGACAGUGAUCGGGCGUGGCUCAUAGAGAGAAUGCCAUCGCUCCGCAUCCAUCGCCUGUAA